CGGGAAGUGUCGGUGUUGAGUCAGUGACAAGGUCGGAAACCGAGGGAUGGCGAACAGUUUCUCCGUGACCAACCCAGCUCUGCUACUCCUCAGUUUCUUUCAUGCCAUCGUCAUCAAAGCUCAGAAAUGCGGGGAAGAUCAGGAACCGGACAGGUGUCACCUGCACUGGUCAAACCUGUGGUACGUGUGGGUGAUUUUGCUGACGGUCUUGCUGUUGCUGUUGUGUGGAGCUACUGUCAGUUGCAUAAAGUGCUGUAAGAGGUCCAAGCCCCAAAACCCCUCCUUUGCCAAUAGACCUUGUGAAGUAACAGUGAUCGCCAUCGACAAUGACCAUACUAUAUCACAAAACAGUUCGCUACAGUAUAUAUCCGCUGGCCGGAACCAUGUCCCAUUCCAGGACACUGCUCAGUACAUGUUGCCUCCUCCGCCGUAUAGCCUGUGUGCCGUUGACAACCCCCCAACCUAUGAGAUGGCCCUGAACAUGGAAAAACCUCCUGAGAUCCCCAGAGCAAAGAGUGGACUGGAAAAUCUCAAUGGAAAUGGAGCUCCAAUCCCAGAGAGAAAUGAAAGUUCAGGUUCUGUAGAGCUAACCUCAUCGGUAUUGUCACAGCAGUGAGAACUCUUGAACCAACAGUUGUUGAAGUAUCUCUGUCACCUCUUUGACUGGUGUUUGGCUGAGGCCAAGAGCCACCCAGAGUGCUAAUUGUGAAAAUGCUCUUAGGAAGCGACCUAUUUACAGCCAAUUACUGUGAAUUGAAUCUCCAUUUCUGAGUGAUGACAUAUGAGCGUUGUCCAUCACCCUUGAUAAGGAAAAGCCUGAAGAUCCUGCAAUUGAGAAAAUCAGCAAGAGAUAUUUUGCACUCAUUCUGGGUGAACUUUGGGUUCCAGAUUUUUGAAGAAUUCUGUUCCUGCCAGCACUUUUUCAGCUGACAUUCUCAAAGCCUAAAAUGGGUUCUUACAAUUAAAUCACAAGAGAUCAUGCAGGAUGCUGGAAAUCCAGAGCAACACACAGUCAAAAUGCUGGAGGGACUCAGGUCAGGCAACAUCUAUGAACAGUCAAUGUUUCGGACCUGGCUAAGGGUCUUGGCCUGGAAUGUCAACUGUUUAUUUAUUCCAUAGAUGCUGCUGGACUGGUUGAGUUCUCCAGCAUUUUGUGCGUCUGUCUGUCUGUCUAGGUACCAUAUCCAAUGCGGACUUUGGUGACCAUGGUUUUCCAUAUAGAUUUUGUGUGUGCUCUUAUAAUUAAAGAAAGCUUGGCUUCCAGACCUACUCUGGACAUCAGUUGUAUGCUGGGAAUCUUCAGGAAUAUCAAAUCACUUUUUAUUCAGUCUUUUCUGUUCCUACAUGGAGUGUGACCCAAAAUAAGUACCAUUCUAACUUGUGUUAACAUUGUCCAUACUAGGUAAUGAUGCUGGUUUGUUCAGUUAUGGUCUUGGUUGUGGCAAAGCUAACCAAUCCAUUAAAUAAAUUUAAAAGCACUUUUAUUUUAGGCUGUCUACUCAAUUGUAUAGGGAUUGCUGCUAGUUACGGAUAAAUGAAGUAAUUUGAAAUUGUUUUUUGAGUGAAGAAGUUCGCCUUAAACAUUUCACCUGUCACCCUUAACCCUUGAACUCUAGUUGUCAUCUCGCCCAACCUCAAAAGAAAAAGCCUAUUUGCAUUUACCCUAUCCAUAGCCCUCAUAAUUUUGUAUACCUCUAUCAAAUCUCCCCUCAGUCUCCUACACUCUUAACACAAGAUAACUCUCCUGGAAACUGUGGAACAGAGGUUUUGUUUACACAAUGAAAAAGUGUUUAAAAAAGAAAAUGUCUUAAUGAAUGUGAGUAGUUAAACUAUAUUUUGUAAAAGUUUUAUAAUGUUCUUGAAAAAAUUGUUCCAUUUUCAUUUAUUUUUUAACAUAAUGAGCAAUAAACAUUCA